GGGUACCGCUGCGCAUCCUUAUUGCACGGUGGAGUCGCACCACAGUCUAGUGGCAUCACUGUGAUCCUCGUCCGACUGUCCCAGAAGCGUAGUAUAUUUUGCAACAGAUGACGACCGUACCUUCCGCCCCCAAUCUUGCUAUCUUUCGCAGCUACGCUUCCAAACUCGAUCCAACGACUCUGCCACCAUCGAUCCUACUCUCGCACUCAGACACAUGUUUGACGGUCUUUGACUCGUUCCCAAAAUCCAUCUUUCACCUUCUGGUCUUACCCCGAAUCAAGCCGCCCUUGAGCGCGCACCAUCUCGCGGACCUACGUUCUUUACUUCGAUGCGAGAAAAGCGUCGCAAAGGAGGUGCUUAUGAACUUGAAUGAAGAAGCGAAUACUGUGAAGAAGAUGAUUGAGGAAGAGAUGAUGAAGAAGUACAAAUUCAAGUGGGAAAUAUGGACGGGAUUUCGUCCAAUUUCGAGUAUGGAACACCUGCACUUGCAUGUGCUUUCUGCAGACAUGUAUUCCCCGAGGAUGAAGCUGAAGAAGCACUACAAUUCGUUUCAUCCUGGCCUGGGAUUCUUUCUGCAUUUGAAAGAUGUUAUUUCGUGGUUCGAUGCCGAGCCGUCAUAUUAUGGAAGGAUGGCUAAACUCGAUCGUAGCCAGUAUGAGCCACUCUUAAAGGACGACGAUCUUUGUUGCUGGAGAUGCGACCGUGCGUUUGGGAGCAUGCGCAAGUUAAAGGCGCAUUUGCAAGAUGAGUUCGAUCAGCUGACGAAGAGGGAAAAGGCGAAGUUAGAGAGGAAGAGGAAGCGUGCCGAGGUGCCUGCUUCAUCCGUGCAGACACCUGUGGGUGAUGAUGAGCGAUCUGAGAAGGUCGCCCGUGUCACUCCGAGUCGAGAUGAUGAUUCCGCGCAAAGGUAAGUGGCGACCUACGCUAUCUUUGAGUCACUGGUGUUUUGUGGUUGCAUCCUUAUGGCACGAUACCCAUUCUUAGU